AUGUCGGCAACCACCGACCUCCCCAAGCCGGCGGCGGACGCCUCGGCUGCCGCAUUGGACAGCUCGAUCGCAUCCACGGUCAACGACACCUCGUCUGCCGAGCCCACCGUCACUUCCGAGAAGAACGCCUCCGAGUACCGCACCGUCUUUUCCGAUUCGACCAACUUCAAUGUCAAGCACCCUCUCUACAACAGCUGGACGUUGUGGUUCGACAACCCUUCGCAAAAGGGCAUGGCCUCGGCACGUGGCACCAAGGAAUCCUGGGGUGACGACAUGAACAAGGUCGUCUCCUUCGAUAGCGUGGAAGAGUUCUGGGGACUGUACAACAACGUGGUGCCACCUUCGGAGUUGCCGCAGAAGGCCAACUACUAUCUGUUCAAGGAGGGCGUCAAGCCGGCGUGGGAGGAUCCGGCCAACACGAAUGGAGGCAAGUGGUCCAUCCAACUGCCUCGCGACAAGACACGGGCGCAGAUCGACAGGUUGUGGCUGUUCACCAUGUUGGCUGCGAUUGGCGAGACCUUGGAGGCACCCUUCCCCGACGGCGUUCCCCCACCAAGCAAGGGUCCCGAAGAAGAGCUCAUCACUGGUGUCAUCAUGUCCGCCAGAGCCAACUUUUACAGAAUCGCCAUCUGGACCCGCAAGGCCGAAGACACGGAGGAGCUCGCCGCCAAACUGCUCGAUAUCGGCAAACAGUUCAAGGUCAACGUGCUCGGGUACGAUAUCGAUGCCAAGAUCGGGCAGGGUUUGACGAGCGAUGUCGAGUUCCAGAGCCAUAAGGAGAGCGAGAAGAAGAAGGGCAAGAAGACGGUCGUGUAG